UUGUCACUGAAAUGUCAGAUUUUUUCAGCAGUCAAGAAGAUCUGCAUUGAAUCGAUUGCUAGAGUAUUAUUGCGACUAUUUGUGAAUUUGUACCCGUUCAAUACAAAGCAUAAAAAUGCAAGGAUUAUCUAUUGAAAGUUUGAAGAAACACAAAGCUUUGAUUCCCUUGUACGUGUGUGUGGGUAUUGGAUGCGCGGGCGCUGUGUUCUACUUGGGCAGGCUGGCCACUCGCAACCCUGAUGUGUCCUGGAACAAGAAGUCAAACCCAGAGCCCUGGGAGGAGUACAGGGCCAAGCAGUACAAGUUCUACUCGCCCAUCAGAGACUACUCUAAAGAGGAGUCCCCGGCUCCCAAGUACUAGCUUAGUGCAGACAAGUUAAUGUAAUCAAGUAUAUCGCGAUGUUUAGAUGGUAUCGUUUAAUAAAUAGAACAAUUAUGUGAUAA